UUUUCAACGUUUCCUUCAUUUCUAUGUUUUCUUCUGAUUGAAGAGAAACGAUAAUAAUGCUUCCAUUUUCAAUGGUUCUGUUUCUCUUUAUAACCAUUGUUCACUCAGGAGUUUAUGGGGAGGAGAACGUGACCUUAGUGAGUGAAAAAGAGUCACUUGUUUCAUUCAUGUCAGGCAUUUUUUCUGACCCCAAAAACGUUCUAAAAAGUUGGAAGUCCCCAAGUGUACAUGUUUGCAAUUGGUAUGGUGUAAGAUGCAACAAUGCAAGUGACAACAAGAUCAUAGAGCUUGCUCUUAAUGGAAGCUCACUUGGGGGCACUAUUUCCCCUGCUCUUGCUAAUCUUUCUUAUUUGCAAAUUCUUGAUCUUUCUGACAAUUUUUUGGUGGGUCACAUUCCAAAAGAACUGGGCUAUUUGAUUCAGCUUCAACAACUCAGUUUAUCAGGGAAUUUUCUUCAAGGGGAAAUUCCCUCUGAGUUGGGUUCAUUUCACAACUUGUACUACCUUAACAUGGGAAGUAAUCAGCUUGAGGGUGAGGUUCCACCCUCACUUUUUUGCAAUGGGUCUUCCACAUUGAGGUAUAUAGACCUCUCUAACAAUUCCUUGGGAGGACAAAUACCCUUGAGUAAUGAGUGUAUCCUUAAAGAGCUUAGGUUCCUCUUACUUUGGUCAAACAAUUUUGUAGGCCAUGUUCCUUUAGCUCUUUCAAACUCCAGAGAACUGAAAUGGUUUGACGUGGAAUCAAAUAGGUUGAGUGGGGAGUUACCAUCUGAAAUUGUAAGUAAUUGGCCACAACUACAAUUCCUCUACCUAUCAUAUAAUGGCUUUGUUAGCCAUGAUGGUAACACCAAACUUGAACCUUUCUUCUCUUCCUUGAUGAAUUUGUCUAACAUGCAAGGCCUCGAAUUGGCGGGAAAUAAUCUAGGAGGGAAGCUACCUCAAAAUAUUGGUGAUCUUCUUCCUAGUAGCCUGUUACAACUUCACCUAGAAGACAAUCUUAUACAUGGUUCUAUACCUUCAAACAUUGCAAACCUUGUCAAUCUGACUCUUCUAAACUUUUCCAGCAACUUGCUAAAUGGAUCAAUACCUCACAGCCUCUGCCAGAUGGGGAAGCUAGAGCGAAUUUAUUUGUCAAAUAAUUCACUAUCUGGGGAGAUUCCUUCAACCCUUGGUGGCAUUAGGCGUCUGGGGCUUCUUGACUUGUCAAGAAACAAGCUUUCUGGCUCAAUACCAGACACUUUUGCUAACCUCACACAGUUAAGAAGGCUUUUACUUUAUGACAACCAGCUUUCUGGAACCAUCCCACCAAGUCUGGGAAAAUGUGUCAAUUUGGAGAUUUUAGACCUAUCCCACAACAAGAUUUCAGGGUUGAUCCCUAAGGAAGUUGCAGCCUUUACUAGCUUGAAACUCUACUUGAAUUUAUCAAGUAAUAACUUAGAUGGGCCUUUACCAUUAGAGCUCUCCAAAAUGGACAUGGUGCUGGCUAUUGACCUAUCCAUGAACAAUCUCUCUGGCAGAAUCCCACCACAGCUUGAAAGUUGCAUAGCAUUAGAGUACCUGAACCUUUCUGGAAACUCCUUAGAAGGCCCUCUACCGGAUUCAUUGGGCAAAUUGGAUUAUAUUCAAGCACUUGAUGUGUCUUCAAAUCAAUUGACAGGGGUAAUACCACAGUCCCUUCAGUUGUCCUUGUCCACUCUCAAGAAAGUUAAUUUCUCUUCCAACAAAUUCUCAGGGAGUAUCUCAAACAAGGGAGCCUUUUCAUCUUUUACCAUAGACUCUUUCCUAGGAAAUGAUGGUCUUUGUGGCUCGGUAAAAGGCAUGCAAAACUGCCACACGAAACCAAGGUAUCAUUUGGUUCUCCUCCUACUAAUUCCAGUGUUACUAAUUGGCACCCCCUUGCUGUGCCUGUGCAUGCAGGGGUACCCCACCAUAAAAUGUUCAAAAGAAAGAAUGCAAAUGGCAAUAGUUAGCAAAGGAGACUUUGAUGAUGAAGACGAGGAAACAAAGGAGCUCAAGUACCCAAGAAUUUCAUAUAGACAACUCAUUGAGGCCACAGGAGGCUUUAGUGCUUCAAGCCGAAUUGGUUCAGGUCGAUUUGGACAGGUCUACAAAGGAAUUCUCCGAGAUAACACACGAAUAGCAGUGAAGGUGUUAGACACAGCAACAGCUGGUGAUAUUAUUUCAGGGAGCUUCAGAAGGGAAUGCCAAAUCCUGACGAGGAUGAGACACAGGAAUUUAAUAAGGAUCAUCACAAUUUGCAGUAAAAAGGAGUUUAAGGCUCUUGUUCUUCCACUGAUGCCAAAUGGUAGUCUUGAGCGGCACUUAUAUCCGAGCCAGAGGUUAGAUAUGGUUCAGCUGGUGAGGAUCUGCAGUGAUGUAGCUGAGGGAAUGGCCUAUUUGCACCACUAUUCUCCAGUUAGAGUAGUGCACUGUGAUCUUAAGCCGAGCAAUAUACUACUUGAUGACGAUUUCACAGCUUUGGUAACUGAUUUUGGUAUCGCAAGGCUUGUAAAAAGUGAUGACAACAUGCCCACAAGUGACUCAUCUUUCUGUUCAACACAUGGCUUGUUAUGUGGCUCCCUUGGCUACAUAGCUCCUGAGUAUGGAAUGGGAAAACAUGCAUCAACUCAAGGUGAUGUUUACAGUUUUGGUGUACUUGUGCUAGAAAUAGUGACGGGUAGACGCCCAACAGAUGUCCUUGUCCAUGAAGGGUCUUGCUUGCAUGAGUGGAUUAAGAAACAAUAUCCACACGAGCUUGGUAACAUUGUUGAACAAGCAAUGCAAAGAUGCUGCUCUUCUCCCUCUGGCAUGCCUAAUCAGUAUCACAAAUUUGGGCAAGAUGUUAUGUUGGAACUCAUAGAGUUGGGGCUUCUCUGCACACACCACAAUCCUUCAACAAGACCAAGCAUGUUGGAUGUAGCCCAAGAAAUGGGAAAGUUGAAGGACUACCUUUCUCAUCUAUCAUCUUCUCUGUUGAGGCUGACUGAAGAUAAAUUUAGCCAGAAAAUAAAUAACUAAGUUACCAUUAGAGUUUCAUUUUGGUAUAUGGCUGGUGUGAACUUUUUUAUAUUAUUAAUCAAUUAAAUAACACAAUAGAUAUGAUUUUUGAAGUA